UCUUUGCAUGGCUCAAUUGCUCCACUGCUCCAUAGCCUCUCCUUCAUUGCUAUCCUUCCUUGCUCGUGCCGCUUCACUGGCCUCUGUCUGUCAUCAGGCGACGGAGAAGACGACACUCAAGGCUCGUUUUCUAUUCUCCAACUCUCGAAAGCAUUAUUGAUUAUGCAUUUUGUGAGUGCCGUACCUUUUUGUGUUUGGCUGCAGGAGCACCAGGAACCUUUUGACGAGCUGGACUCGCGCUUGCAGCCCACGGCCACUUCGUGUUCUGUAUGUAGAUCUGGUUUUUAUUGAGAAUAAAUAAAAAGACUCAGAUGCUUCGACCUCUUCUCACACGAAUGUUACAAGAAGAGAACUUUGUGUUUAUCACGUAAGGAUCAGAGAGUGCAUAAAAGAUGCACAAAGGUGCGUGCAGGUUUUAAAGGAGUGUGUGUCCUAACAACCUUGUAUCGUUCAGUUAAGCAUCUUGACCAUUGUUUGCUUAAAUGAAUUGAUCGUGUAUCUAAAACACUCAAGUGGCCAGCUCUUCCUAGCUGGAGAGCAUGUUUUCAACAGUUUUCUUAAGCAAGUUAUCCGUGUCCUUGUUUGGAAUAGGGCGAUCUUCAUGUUCGCGUUCUUGAGGAUUAUGUGAAUUUGUACUUGUUCGCUCUUUUUCCCUUGCCGUAUCGCACGGAUUCCACUCGCGGUAUAUCAUUGCAAACUAAGCGUGUCUGUUAUAUGAUUUUAUUCUCUUCUUUCGUUGAUAUAUCUCUGUUGCAACCUUCUUGUAUUUGAUUGAUUGUCGAAUACUUGUUAAUUCGCUGACGAUGAUGGUCCACUCAGGGAGUGCGUGACGCUUCAUUGAUAGCCAUGGUAGAGCACCCUGGCGAGACUCAUACUGUGACCUGUACGAGGCUCACUUUAGUAGUUGGACGUCAUAUUUUUGUUCGAUGCAAGUGGUUUAAUGCCAGCGUCUGUGUCACAGCUCUGGAAUUCCCACAUUCUUGGUCAUGCAACGAUAAGUGCUUCCAAUUCCCCUUUCAUUCAUCAACAUUAAAGUAUUUGGCUAAUUCGGAAGGAAUGGGUCACUGCUAGUGCACAAGGGACUGACAGAGGCAUGCGAAGCUUGAGGAUUAGUUUUAGUCCGAGUCAUGCCAGCAACAAGUUCCGUACUCCUGACGAUUGAUCUGUGUGUGAAUUGUGUAUGAGAAAACUAGUAGUGAGUCAAAAGGAUGCUGAAGGAAGAGCAUGUAGGUGGGAUGUUCAAAUCGAAGAGUAUUUCAUUCAUUUGCGCCAAUAUUUGGAGGAAGAUAUGUCUGGCUCCAAAGGAAGAUAUUCAUUUACGUCACUUCAAAGUGGGUCGAUGCGGUUGUCUUGGAGGACUACUAUUGGUGUAAGAUAUGACGAACCAAGGGUAAAUCUAAAACUGCAUUUAGAUAACAACGCAAUGGCACUAGUUCCGAGGUUUCUAGAAGCUUUGAUGGACUCAACUCUUAAGCCACAGUUGUGUUGUACGCAGAAGCUUUUGGCGAAGCACUAGAACAAAAAGUCUCGUCAACUGGCUAUGCAGUUCUCAACUCCUGAGACAGCCAAGAGAAUUUGCAUUGCACACGUACCACUAGGAAGAGAGAGAAUAUGUGAAGGAUUGGACAGUUUUGUCUGUGAAUCCGAAUUUCGACAUACCAAUGCGAGCCACGAGCCUGUCUCUGGUUUUAGUAACCCCACUCAUUCAUCGAAUUUGAACACUCUGGAGAUCAGAGCGUGUCAUCACGAGGUCUGGGCUCCUGGUCUGAAGAGGUCGUCCAAACCUCCAAAUUCUGGAAAUCCGCACCCUCUGAAAGCAGACUAGGGCAGGUACAGCCUGAAGUGCAGAGGCUGACACAACUCUGCUCGACAAUUAGAAGAAUGAAUUUUGAGCUCCCUUCCUUAAUAAGCAGGUCUUCUCCAUCUGCAUUGCACAAAAGCCUACAGAAGGCAACGACUUGUGACAAGGAGGUCAUUGUGAAUGAAUCAAGGAAACUAGUAAUGGAGACCUCUGAUGUAAAUGAUUGGAAGGCAACUCCUCGUCGACAGCCAACUGAACAAGCGGAUAAUGGAAGCACUGGACCUGCAGGUGCAAACAGGCAUGACAAUGAAAAUCAACUGCGAGAAGGAAUCAUCGUGCUCACUGAUGACGAAGACGAGGACAAUCACAGAAAUUACGAAGAAGAAUUGCCGGACCAAAGAACUACAAGUCCUAUGGAAGGAAUCUCAGAUAAAUUCGAAAUAGGAAUUACGGUUGGAUCAGUAAGUCCAGGACUUGCUCGAGACAGGAUGACAUAUGUUCAUAAACCGAGGAUUAUGGUUGACUGUUCCGAAGACUGGAAGCUCUUCUCCCAGCCAGACGACAGAGAAUUACCCAACGUGAAUGUGUCGAAAGUGAAAGAAGAGCACAAUAGAUCGAAGCUAGAUGUAGAAGAUGCUAGUUGGCAAAUUGGAUUAAGGAAGCAGAUGGAAAGGGACGGUCAUCUUGAUGCUCCAACCGAUGAUGAAGGAAGAUUUAGCAAACUAAAUGAACCACUAUUGCAAGAACAUGUUUCAACACCCGUAGAUGAGUUUUCAAGUUACAAAAACAGACCAGAUGCACGGGUAUGUGUGUCAGCAAGCACAAAUGCUUGUGUAAAGGUGGAGAGCGAGUUCCAAUUCGAACAGAAAUCACUUAAUUGCACUGAGGAUUAUAGCGUCGAUCGCUACGAGAAGCCUGGAAGCACUUUCAAAUCCCAGUGGAAUUCAGUUAAGCAUGGUGGGAAUCAUCGCAAGGAGAAGCCUGUCGGUGAUUUCUACUAUGAAAGCCGAUCAAAACAAUGGAACAACUGUAUAUCAGAAGCUAUAGAUGAUGUCUCCUCUUGGGAAGUGCGGAGAGAUGGUAAAGACUCUACGAAGGAAGGACCGUGUCAAUUCGAAAAUCAACAGACAGAUACCUAUGCGGAAACGUCAGUUUUCAGCCACGAGAAGAUUCAGCUUGGAAUGUGGUUGAGGAACCGGAGGCAAGUUUACACCACAGAGGUGGUAAAGAAAAAGAAAAAAAAUCGUCUGAAAAUGAUCCAUAGUCUUAAACAAACAAAGUGAAGACAGGUUUCACUCCAGGGGACUAU